AUGGAGCCUUGCAAGCCAAUCUUAGAAAACUUCGUGAGUAUUUAUGAAACCGCAUCUUCCUCGGAAAACAAAAAGGAAAACAAAACAGCCAACGUGUAUCGUCCACCACAUCUUAAUCCAGUAUUUUAUGAUGGUGAAUCAGCAGGUCCGACAAAGAAAGUCUCCAGAGAAAAACGUAGAGCAGCCAAACGGCUGCUGGAAGAUGAUGAUAUAGUGAAGGAGGAGGAUUUGCCAGUUGAAAUUUACUAUGGCUCCUCCAACACAGACGCGAGAUUCCUUGCUAAAAUGCGGGAACGAGAAAAAUAUGAGGAAGAAAACUUUACCCGCGUUUCCCUUAAUAAACGGGAGCGACUGAUGCAAAAACGUCUCGAGCGCGGUGAAUUUCUCGGUACUAGUGCGCGCAUAGAUCACAUUAGAAAGUUGCUUGAAAGUUCGGAUGACGAGGAGGAAAUGAAUCUGAUUAAUCUCAAGAAGAAAAAGAAGAAGCCUAGAAAAAACAAACAAUGGAAGGGUGGAAAGAAGUAUAGGAGACGCUGA